AAGUGUGUGUGUUAGUGUGUUAGUGUGUGUGUCGUACAAAGGGAGGGAGAGUGUGUGAGGAGAUUUAAAGCUGCAGCAGAGUUUCUUUAGUUUUUAGUUUUUAGUUUUGAGAAGUGAAGACGUGGUGGUGAUGAUGAUGAUGAUGAUGAUGAUGGGCUUCCCUCAGCCUCCGCGGGCUCAGGCGAGCCCCGGGCUCCACACUCAGUGCUAGCCAUGCUGCAUCAGUCUGACCCAACGUCCAGCACCCUUCAGCUGGUUGCCAACGAUAUGACCGGCAUCAUGGAGACGCUAGACACCCGAGAGCUCGACCUGGAAGAUGGCGAGUACAACACGACAGACUCUGGCGUCCCAGCACAGCGUUUGUCUUUCAUGGCCAUCUACAACACGGUGGGUUUCAAGGAGCCCGAGGCCAAAGUCUUCCUUUCUGCACCGAUCACCGCCAAGAUCCUGGAGGUGGAGCGGUUCACCUCGGCUCAGGAUCGCUUCAACGUCACCACGCAGAGGAGCGUCAACAAGUCGUUGCCGGCGGUGUUUAAGAUCGAGUUGAAACACGGAGAGUUUACGUGGCUGGUGAAGAGGAAGGAGAAACACUUCAUGGAUCUCCACCGAGAGCUGAGAACGUACAAGACGUUCAUGAGGCUGCCGCUGCCGACACGCAGCCACACGGUGAAGCGGCAGACAGCAACGAGGACCGAGGCGAGGCAGAUGCCGAACCUUCCCAGAGGAGGAGGAGACGAGCUGGGCAGAGAGGAGCAAGUUUCCAGCCGCAGGAAACAACUGGAAGAUUACUUGAAUAAUCUGUUAAAGAUGCCGAUGUACAGGAACUACCACGCAACAAUGGAGUUCAUUGAUGUCAGUCAGUUAUCCUUCAUCCAUGACCUGGGACCAAAAGGCUUGGAAGGGAUGGUGCUGAAGCGCUCCGGCGGCCAUCGGAUCCCCGGGAUAAACUGCUGCGGUCGCAGUAAGAUGUGCUACCGCUGGUCCAAACGCUGGCUCGUGGUGAAGGACUCGUUCCUGCUGUACAUGAAGCCGGACUCGGGCGCUAUCUCCUUUGUGAUGCCGUUCGACAAAGAGUUCUGCAUCAAGAUGGACUCCAAAGAGACUGAGACCAAACACGGCGUCCGCAUCGACAGUCUCUCCAGGUCGUUAGUGCUGAAGUGCACCAGCUACAGACACGCCCGCUGGUGGGGUCAGGCCAUCGAGGGCUUCGUACAGAAGCACGGCUCGGCGUUCCUCACCGACCACCGCUUCGGAUCCUUCGCCAGAGAGGAGGAGAACAUCCCUGCCAAGUGGUAUGUGAAUGGUAAAACAUACAUGGAGGAUGUUGCCAAUGCUCUUGAAGAAGCCAGAGAGGAGAUAUUCAUCACAGACUGGUGGUUGAGUCCAGAGAUCUUCCUGAAGAGGCCCGUCGUCGAGGGCAACCGCUGGCGUCUGGACUGCAUCCUGAAACGCAAAGCGCAACAAGGAGUGCGUAUCUUUGUGAUGCUGUAUAAGGAGGUGGAGUUAGCUCUGGGCAUCAACUCAGGAUACAGCAAGAGGACGCUGCUCCACCUUCACCCCAACAUCAAGGUGAUGCGUCACCCGGACCACGUCUCCUCCGCCGUCUACCUGUGGGCGCAUCACGAGAAGAUCAUCGUCAUCGACCAAUCGGUGGCCUUCGUGGGCGGGAUCGACCUGGCGUACGGUCGCUGGGACGACAAAGAGCACCGGCUGACGGAUGUUGGGAGUGUGACGCUCUCACAGGCUGAAACUUCCCCUGCCAACAUGACCGCCCCGGCUAAUGGCAGCGGUGCCGUCUCCCAGGGCAACGGGAAGAAGAUUUUCACGGUGACGGACUCGGUAGACCAGCCGAAGCUGAAAGGUCAGGGCAGGAUGAAGAGGACGAGGUUCAGCAUCAAGAAACACCUGCAGAAACACGGCCUGGCGCACCCCGACAGCGACAGCGACGCCGAGCCCGAAGAGAGGAGUGGUUCAGUGAGGAGUCUGCACACCGGCGUCGGAGAGCUGUUUGGAAACACGCGGUUCUGGCACGGGAAGGACUACUGCAACUUCGUCCACAAAGACUGGAUCCAACUGGACAAACCCUUCGAUGACUUUAUAGACAGGCACACGACUCCUCGGAUGCCUUGGCACGACAUUUCUUCGGUGGUUCACGGAAAGGCCGCUCGGGACGUGGCGAGACACUUCAUCCAGCGGUGGAACUUCACAAAGCUCGUGAAGCCAAAGUAUCGCUCUCUGUCGUACCCGUAUCUUCUGCCCAAGUCUCACACCACGGCCGGAGAGCAGCGAUACCAAGUCCCCGACUGCACCCCCGCCAAAGUCCAGAUCCUUCGUUCAGCUUCUGAUUGGUCUGCUGGCAUCAAAUACCACGAGGAGUCCAUCCACAACGCCUACGUGGAAACCAUCAAAAACAGCCAGUACUUCAUCUACAUAGAGAAUCAGUUCUUCAUCAGCUGUGCAGACAACAGGCACGUAUUCAACAAGAUAGGAGACACUAUUGCCGAGCGCAUCAUCAAAGCAUAUAGGGAGGGUAAAAAGUACCGUGUGUACGUGGUGACGCCUCUGUUGCCUGGCUUCGAGGGCGACAUCAACACUGGAGGGGGCAGCGCCAUCCAGGCUGUCAUGCACUUUAACUACAGGACCAUGAACAGAGGAGACCAAUCCAUCAUCUCACAGCUCAGGAGAGAGAUGGGAGAUCAGUGGAUGAACUACAUCUCCAUCGCUGGUCUGAGGACUCACGCUGACCUGGAGGGGAAGCUGGUCACCGAGCUCAUCUACGUCCACAGCAAGAUGCUCAUCGCCGACGACAACACCGUCAUCAUCGGUUCUGCUAACAUCAACGACCGCAGCAUGCUGGGAAAGAGGGACAGCGAGGUGGCGGUGAUCGUGGAGGACUCGGAGACGGUGACGUCGGUGAUGGACGGACAGGAAUACCAAGCUGGAAAAUACGCUCUGAAGCUCCGACUCGAAUGUUUCAAGAUGAUUCUGGGUGCAAACACUGAUCCCUCCAUCGACGUGUCCGACCCCAUCAGUGACCAGUUCUACAAGGAGGUCUGGAUGGCCACCUGCGCUAUUAACGCCACCAUCUACCAGAGAGUUUUCCGCUCUCUGCCAUCGAGCGACGUCCGUAACAUCCUGGAGCUGGAGGGCUACCUGGCCAAGCUGGGUCUGGACAAGGAGGACCCGGCCCGCGCUCACGAGGAGCUGAAGAAGAUCCGCGGCUUCCUCGUACAGUUUCCUCUGCAGUUCCUGAGCGAGCAGAACCUGCUUCCUCCCAUCGGCUCCAAGGAGGCCAUGGUGCCCAUGGAGGUCUGGACCUGAGACGGCAGGACUCACCUGUGCAUUCAUGUGUUCAGGCACAGCUUGUGGAAGGCUGGCAGGUCGAUGACGCUC